UUCACAGACGUAAACAUUGGAAAAUAUUUUAUAAAAAAUAAAAAAAAUUGUGUUUUAUAGGCUUCAACUGCAAAUUAAAGUAAUAAUUCCAUAAUGGAAGAGCCAGGCACACAGCGACUGACUAAUGAGGACUUCAGAAAACUGAUUUCUACUGGCGUAAAAUCGUCAUCCACAGCAUCGGCAACGCCAAGUGCUCCAUCUAAAACACCAAAAAGUGCUGAAAAACAUGAAGCCCGUAAGAAGAAAAAGAGUUUUUAUGCACAACUGAAGAAAAGUGAUGAAUCUGCAAAUAUUCUCAAUCAAUUAAGCGAAAAGUACCGUGAUCGAGCCAAGGAACGUCGUGAAGGAGGAACUACUGAUCAAAACUUUGAUCCAAGAAGUUCUACAAGUGGUUACAGAGCAGUGGCACCUGAUAAUUUGAUGGAUGCAAAUGAACGACGAAGAAAAAUGAUCCAGGAAUCUAAAUUUUUGGGUGGUGACUUGCUACAUACUCAUUUAGUUAAAGGUCUCGAUUAUGCGCUAUUAAAUAAAGUACGAAUGGAAAUAACUCACCAUGAAAAGAUCCAAGAAGCUGAAAUGGAAAAAAUUGUCGAAGAACAGGAAGUAGAGAAGCAAAUAGCAGAAGCUGAAAAGAACGAAACUGAUGAAAUGAAUCAAAUUAAUACAGUCAUGGGUAAAAAUAUUCAAAGAUUAAUUACAAUGCAGAAAUCGAAGACAAUUGAACGAAAUGAAACAUUCAUUCCUGGACGAAUGGCUUAUAUGAUUGACUUAGAAGAUGAUAAUCAAGAUACAGACAUCCCAACAACAAUCAUAAGAUCAAAAUCUGAAUAUACAGCAGCAACAGAAAUGAAUGCAGCUAGUCCAACGAAUGAUAUUGUCGUUAAUAAACUUAUUGAAAUCUUUACGUACCUUCGAGGUGGCAAAAAGAAGAAUAAGAAACGUGAUAAAGAAAUAUUUAAGCUACCAGAAGAGGAACCAGUAGUCAAGCCAAGCACUUCAAAGGCAGUUCCAUCGACAUCGUCAAAAUCUAAACAUCCACCAAAGGAAGAAGAUUCAAUUUAUGGCAAUAUUGGUGACUAUAAAGCAUCAAGUUAUAAAGAAAGAAGAAGACAUGAUGAAAAGGACGAUUAUCAUAAAUCAUCUUCAAGCUCUAGUUCAAAGAGUAAAAGCAAGCGAUCAUAUUUUGAUAAACCAAACGAAGAGGAACCGACAAUGAUUCCUCCAGCACCCCCAAAAUUACCAUCUCAAUUUAUUUCUAAACUUAAUGCGCCUGAAAUUGAUGGAUAUGCUGAAUGUUAUCCAGGUUUAGAAGAAAUGGAUGAUGCUGUAAUUGACUCAGACGAUGAUGUAGAUUACACAAAAAUGGACAAGGGGAAUAAGAAAGGUCCAAUUGGAAGAUGGGAUUUUGAGACACAAGAAGAAUAUUCAGAAUAUAUGAGCACUAAAGAAGCACUGCCAAAAGCAGCUUUCCAGUAUGGUUUAAAGAUGUCAGAAGGACGAAAAACGAGAAAAAAUAAGAAUGAGAACCAAAAGCUUGAUCAGGAAUGGCAAAAAAUACAGAAAAUCAUCACGAAAAGAAAGGGCGACGAUUCUGGAGAAAUUGAUUUUAAGAAAUCAAAACAUUAAAGUUUGCUUGUAUUAUUUAAGGCUUUUAAUAAAGAACAUUGUGUCCUAUGAACUAG